GGGUCGGGCUGGCCUUGGUUAGUGCCUCAACUGUUAAAACCCGUGCAGGUCCUCCCACGAGAGAGGGGAGGGUAGUGGUUUCUCUUUAUCAAUUGCCCUUGGAGGCACACAGAAGGCCGGUACGAAGCUGUAUCUCUCGCCGUCUCGGGCACCCUUGAGAUGAAGCAACUGUGGGGACUUGGCCUUUUAUGCCUCCUUCUGCUGGCUGCAUCUGCCCAGGCUGAGGAACCUGAUGUGGAUGGCACUGUCGAAGAUGACUUGGGUAAAAGCAGAGAAGGAUCUCGGACAGAUGAUGAAGUUGUUCAGAGGGAAGAGGAAUCUAUUCAAUUGGAUGGUUUAAAUGCAUCACAAAUAAAACAGCUUAGGGAAAAAUCAGAAAGGUUUGCCUUCCAGGCUGAAGUAAACAGGAUGAUGAAACUUAUUAUCAAUUCGCUCUAUAAAAAUAAAGAGAUUUUCCUUAGGGAAUUGAUUUCAAAUGCAUCUGAUGCUCUAGACAAAAUACGGUUGAUGUCAUUGACUGAUGAAACUGCUCUUUCUGAUAAUGAGGAACUCACAAUAAAAAUUAAGUGUGAUAAAGAGAAGAAUAUGCUUCAUGUUAUAGACACUGGAAUUGGCAUGACAAAAGAUGAGCUAAUAAAAAAUUUGGGUACCAUUGCUAAAUCUGGUACAAGUGAAUUUCUAAAUAAAAUAACUGAAAUGCAGGAAGAAAACCAGUCAACCUCUGAAUUGAUUGGUCAGUUUGGUGUUGGCUUCUAUUCUGCCUUCCUUGUGGCAGAUAAGGUUAUUGUUACCUCAAAGCAUAAUAACGACAGUCAACAGAUCUGGGAAUCUGACUCAAAUGAGUUCUCUGUAAUUGAAGAUCCUCGGGGUAAUACCUUGGGACGAGGCACUACUGUAACCCUUGUUUUAAAAGAAGAAGCUUCAGAUUAUCUUGAACUAGAUACAGUUAAAAACCUGGUCACGAAGUAUUCCCAGUUCAUUAACUUUCCAAUUUAUGUAUGGAGUAGCAAGACUGAGACUGUAGAAGAGCCUCUUGAAGAUGAAGAAGUAAAAGAUAAAGAUGAGACAGAUGAUGAAGCUGCUGUGGAGGAAGAAGAGGAAGAGAAAAAACCCAAAACUAAACCGGUUCAGAAAACAGUCUGGGAUUGGGAGCUUAUGAAUGACAUAAAACCAAUUUGGCAGAGGCCAUCUAAAGAAGUGGAAGAGGAUGAAUACAAAGCUUUCUACAAAUCAUUUUCUAAGGAAACUGAUGAGCCAAUGACUUAUAUUCACUUUACUGCUGAAGGAGAAGUGACAUUCAAGUCCAUCUUAUUUAUUCCCAAUACUGCUCCACGUGGCUUAUUUGAUGAAUAUGGAUCCAAAAAAAGUGACUUUAUAAAGUUGUAUGUCCGUAGAGUAUUCAUCACAGAUGACUUCCAUGAUAUGAUGCCCAAGUAUCUUAACUUUGUCAAGGGUGUUGUAGAUUCAGAUGAUCUUCCUUUAAAUGUAUCUCGUGAAACCCUCCAGCAGCACAAACUACUAAAGGUAAUCAGAAAGAAACUUGUUCGGAAGACACUAGAUAUGAUCAAAAAGAUUGCUGAAGAAAAAUACAAUGACACAUUCUGGAAAGAAUUUGGCACAAAUAUCAAACUUGGAGUGAUUGAAGAUCAUUCAAAUCGGACUCGUCUAGCUAAACUUCUUCGUUUCCAGUCUUCUAACCAUGAAAGCAACACUACUAGUCUAGAUCAGUAUGUAGAAAGAAUGAAAGAGAAGCAAGACAAAAUCUAUUUCAUGGCUGGUUCAAGUAGAAAAGAGGCUGAAUCUUCACCUUUUGUGGAACGGCUUCUAAAGAAGGGCUAUGAAGUUAUAUAUUUGACAGAACCAGUGGAUGAAUAUUGCAUUCAGGCUCUCCCAGAGUUUGACAACAAAAGGUUUCAGAAUGUUGCUAAGGAAGGAGUAAAGUUUGAUGAAAGUGAAAAGUCAAAGGAAGCUCAUGAGGCUUUAGAAAAAGAGUAUGAACCCCUAUUAACUUGGAUGAAAGACAAAGCUUUAAAGGAUAAAAUUGAAAAAGCAGUAUUAUCUCAGCGAUUAACCCAAUCACCAUGUGCUCUUGUAGCUAGUCAAUACGGAUGGUCUGGCAACAUGGAAAGAAUCAUGAAGGCUCAGGCUUACCAGACUGGGAAAGAUAUCGCUACCAAUUACUAUGCAAGCCAAAAGAAGAUAUUUGAAAUUAAUCCUAAACAUCCUCUCAUAAAAGACAUGCUCAGGCGUGUUCAGGAAAAUGAAGAUGAUCAAAUAGUUGCAGAUCUUGCUGUGGUUCUGUUUGAAACUGCUACCCUAAGAUCAGGUUAUCUGCUCCCAGAUACAAAGGAAUAUGGAGAAAGGAUAGAACGAAUGCUUCGCCUAAGUUUGAACAUUGACCCAGAGGAAAAGGUGGAAGAUGAGCCUGAAGAACCAGAGGAAGCUGAUGAAGAAGUAGAACCAGAAGAGGAAAUUGAAGCUGAUGAAGAUAUUGAAGAUAGUGAAACAGAGAAAACGGAGUCUACAGAGGGAAAAGAUGAAUUGUAAAAUGCACUCUCAAAUACUAUCCUGUGUUUUGGAUGAAGCAGGAAUGUGAACUGAAUUUGUUUUUUCACUGUAAAAUGUUGGGGGGAGGCUUAGGGUUUGGGCAGAAUUUUUUUAAGUUGCAUUUUUUAAACAUUCCUCACAAUGUAAAUUUGUACUAUUUAACUGACUGCUUGGUGUAAAAUCUUGUCAUGUGUACAAAAUUAAAAUGUUCACACCAGU